AUGCCCGACAGGCCGAGCUCAGAGUUUAUCUUCACGACUCUGGUCAUCAAAAACAUUCCAUUUCACCUCUCGCGGGAGGAGUUCAUAGACUUCAUGGACGAUCUGGGAUUGCCGUUGCCAAUGACCUUCAACUACCAUUACCGGGAAAACAUGUUCCGCGGCCUAGCCUUUGCAAACUACGAUAACCCGGCCGAAGCCAGUUACGUGUUUGACAACCUCGACGGUCGUCCCGUUCACAAGCGCAUCAUCAGCGUAGAAUACAAAAAGAAGAUGCCAAUGCGCGAGCGCGAGCGCCUUGAGGCCGGCAGACAAGAGCGCCGAGGCCAAUUCGAUCCGCAGCUCCGCCCGUUUCCACGCCGCCGCCCAUUGUUGUUUGGUCCCCUGCCCAAGUUGCGCGAUGUCGACCUGAACAACCCAGAGUCCCUGCACUUUUACACCCAGCUCACCCUGUUCAAGAGGAACGACAUUCAACGGGUCAUGGUGUUUCCAAACACCAUGACCCCGUCCCAGCGCCGGACCGUUCACGUCCUCGCCCAGGUCAUGAACCUUGACCACAGGUCCAUUGGCGUCAUUGCCAAUCGGCAACUCCACAUCGUCAAGGAUUUGCGGAGAACGCCCUUUAUGCGCAUGUCCGCGAACCUGGACGCUAUCAGAAGCCCGGCUGUAGUCAUCGGGCAGGUGCCGAAUGAGCGGCGCCCUCGCACCGCGCAGCUUCUCGCUGCCAUUAGAGAGGAGGACGGGUACGCUGAGGCGGGGCCUUCGGGCACCAACUAGACACUUUUUGACCGAUGCGAUAUUUUUUAUCUGACUCCCGUC